UUUCUUGACAUCUUCCGUCGAUCACCGAUAUCAAUCCAAGUGCUCUGCCCAGACGCUAAAGGCGGUCCAUCCAGAUCCAGGCAGCCACCGCUUAGCUUUGACUGCAGAAAGAAUGGCAAUGCUUGCAGUUCUGCUAUUGCUGGCAGCGCCGCUGCUUCCACCCACAGCAGCGCCGGGGUGCCGGCGGCAGUGCGGCAACGUGACCGUCCCCUACCCCUUCGGAAUCGGAGCGCGCUGCCACCGUGGCGAGGACCGUGGGUUCCGGCUCGAGUGCGACGACACGCGCCACCCACCGCGGCUGACCGUGGCCGGCUACGGCCACGAGGUCGUCGCCAUCUCGCUCGCCUCUGCCGAGGCCACCGUGCUGCUCAACGCCAGCCGCGCCUGCUACGACCGCACCUCCGGCUCCGGCCGCGUUCUUGGCCGGCGGGAGUACCCCAUGGCCCUCAACGGCAGCGCCUUCCUCUUCUCCUCCAUGAAGAGCAAGUUCGUGGCCAUCGGCUGCCCGGACCUGGCCUACUUCGUGGACGACGGAGGGUACUACGUGACCGGGUGCAUGUCGGUGUGCCGGCCGUCGGCGCGCGCGCUGCCCGGGUCGUGCCGGGGCGGCGACGGCUGCUGCCAGAGCAACAUCCCUCUGGGGCUGGACUCGUACCGCCCGCACGUCCGCAGCUUCGGCCGGCGCCAGCAGCAGCAGGGAGGCACGUUCCUGGCUAACUCCACGGGCUGCGCCUACGCGUUCAUGGUGGACGCCUGGUGGUUCUGGUACGCCGGCUCCCACUUCAACAGGACCGGCGACUUCGCCGUGCCCGUCGUGCUGGACUGGGCCAUCAGAGGCGCCGGGGGCUCCUGCGCCGCCGUGCGGGAGAACGCCACCGCCGCCUACGCGUGCCGGAGCGCGCACAGCGUGUGCCUGGACUCGAGCAACGGCCCCGGGUACGUCUGCAACUGCACCAGCGGCUACGAGGGGAACCCAUAUGUCGUCGGCGGCUGCAACGACUUGGACGAAUGCGCGCGACAUGAUUUGUACCCGUGCUACGGUGUGUGUAGCAACACGCCAGGCAGCUACCUCUGCACAUGCCCCAAGGGGUGGAGUGGAAACGCUACCGUGCAGGAUGGUUGCCACCAACAAGACAAAUUCACAUUGGCGCUGAAGGCCGUCACAGGUGUAAGCAUAGGCGUGUUCCUGGUGAUCCUGGCGGGCUUCUGGGCACACCUGAGUCUUCAAAAGAGGAGGAUGCUCCGAGCAAAGCAGAGGUUCUUCGAGCAGAACGGUGGACUCCUCCUGCAGCAGCACCUGGGUUCACUGGCCAGCUCCGGCGUGGCAUUCAAGAUCUUUUCCGAGGAGGAGAUCAAGAAGGCCACCGGCAACUUCGACGAUGCGCGGGUCCUCGGCCGAGGAGGCAACGGUGUGGUCUACAGGGGCGUCCUCCCCGGCGUCGGCGGCUCCACCACCGUUGCCAUCAAGAGGUCGAGGGUGGCGGAUGAGAAGCAGCUCAAGGAGUUCUCCAAGGAGAUGCUGAUACUCUCGCAGAUCAACCACAGGAACGUCGUGAAGCUGCUCGGAUGCUGCCUCGAGGUCGAGGUGCCCAUGCUCGUCUACGAGUACGUCCCCAACGGCAGCCUCCACCGCUACAUCCACGGCGACGGCAAGAGCGAGGCGCCCAUGCCGCCGGGGGAGCGCCUUCGCGUCGCCGCCGAGUCGGCGCACGCGCUCGCGUACAUGCACUCGUCUGCCUCGCCCCCGAUCCUGCACGGCGACGUCAAGUCCGCGAACAUCCUGCUCGACGGCGAGCUCACCGCCAAGGUCUCCGACUUCGGCGCGUCAAGGCUCGCGCCCGUCGACGAGGCACAGGUGGCGACGCUUGUCCAGGGAACCUGUGGGUACCUCGACCCAGAGUAUCUGCUCACGUGCCAGCUGACCUGCAAGAGCGACGUGUACAGCUUUGCGGUGGUGCUGCUGGAGCUCCUCACUGGGAGGAAGGCGUUCUGCCCGGACGGCCCUGAGGAGGAUGACACCAGCCUUGCAUUCUCCUUCGUCACGGCUGUGCAGGGGGGGCGGCACCGGGAGAUCAUGGACGGAAAUGUCAGGGAGGAGCUCGGGGUCGAGGUGAUAGACGACGCCGCGGAGCUGGUUAUACGGUGCCUGAGCUUGACCGGGGAGGAGAGGCCGACAAUGAUGGAGGUUGCUGACAAGAUCGAGAGAUUGAGAAACUGCGCAUGCAGAAAUGCAACCGUGUAGAUAGAAAAAAAUACUCGUAGGCAGAUGUAUAAUUAUUUUCUCUGUUCCUAAUAGCAUCUUCAACAGACGCACAA